GCCAUCCUCCUCCUCCUCCUCCUCCAUCCCUGUCUUCAUUGGGAGCCUCUGCAUUUGAUGGUGUGCGGCUCACCUGCAGAGAGCCUCCCAUGCCCUUGAGCAGAGUAGCCAUUAUCUGAUCUGCCUGUCAUUUACCAGCCAGCCUCACUGCAAGGGCAUCUGGACACCGCUCCUAAUUUGCAGAUCCACUUUGGAGGUGCUGAUAAUGGAGGGAGGCGCUUAUGGAGCCGGUAAGGCUGGAGGAGCCUUUGACCCCCAGACUUUCAUCCGGCAACCUCACACUGUCUUAAGGAUGGUGUCUUGGGUCUUUUCCAUUGUGGUCUUUGGGUGUAUAAUUAAUGAGGGAUACAUUAAUAAGGCGAGCGAGGAGGAGGAGCACUGCAUUUUCAACCAAAACCAAAGUGCCUGCAACUAUGGUGUGACAGUAGGGGUGCUGGCCUUCCUCACCAGCAUUCUGUACCUGGCAGUAGAUGUCCACUUUCCACAGAUUAGCAGUGUCAAAGACCACAAAAAAACUGUAAUAUCUGACAUUGCUGUGUCUGGUUUCUGGUCGUUUUUUGGGUUUGUUGGCUUCUGCUUUUUGGCCAACCAAUGGCAAGUGUCUGACCCAGAGGACAAUCCAAUGAAUGAAGGAGCAGAUGCUGCCCGCACAGCCAUAGCGUUCUCGUUCUUCUCCAUCUUUACUUGGGCCAUCGUAGCAGUGCUCAGGCUACAGCAUCUGAAGGAAAUUUCUUUCCAAGAGGAAUACAGCAGACUUUUCCCCACUAGCCCCCAACCCUUCCCUUAACCUUUUAACAAAGCAAUACAAAUCUGCAGUGCCUUAACCACUCCAUCCUACUUGUUAUUGUAUAUUAGAAAGUUUACGUUUGUAUUAUAUAUGUCGCUGCUUUAGAGUUUGCUUAUACAUGUGGAUUCUGAACACGAUUCCAGCCACCUUCGAUAUAUUCAAGGUUAUUUUAUGGGUGCUAUUGGGUGAGUUUAAAAGCAGGCCACCCAAAUAUUGUGUGCUCCAGCAUAAUGUAUCCCAGUGUGAAUCAUAUGUUUGGGCAAGCUUUUAAAGACCAUCUGUCAUACUUCAUGAAAUGUUUCACGUUGUUUUUUUAAAGUGUUAAAAUACUAAAAUGUCUUCCUGAAGUAAUACUUAAAAUGAUGUGGUAAGAGCAAGUGGCAGCAUCACAUGGGAGCGUAGCACGCACAUUAUUUCAGGAGGACCUGCUUGGCCACAUUGUUCUGAUAUGUUCUGGUGGUACCAAGCUGAUUAGAUUGCACUGUGACCUCAAAUAAGUCUUUUUUAAAGAUUUUUGUGGCACUCUGUUCAUCAAUAAAUAGGAGACUAAUCUGAUUUUAUAU